UGCUGUGCUAACGUUAGAGCUAGCUUCAUUUAUCAGCCGGUUCUGGUGUGUUUGUCAAGCUUGGCAGUAAUUCAUAUAUAUAUGUAACGUGUUGUGCCGCUCAUAAUUAUUUGAUUUAGUGACAUUUGUGAAAACCAACCAAUAAUUGAGUAUGCCAAUUUAUUUUAAUAACAGCAGUUUAUUAGAUUGACUUUAUGCUGAAAUGAAAAUGAAGAACUGGUAAAAGGACAAGCUGUCCGAACCAAAUAUAAGUGGUGAUGAGCAAGCCAACAACAAAAUUACCAAAGGAUUCAGUGCCAGCUGUCCUUAUAGUAAGGGCACAUUUGUGUAAGCAACUCUGACCGAGUCUCUGAUUUGAGCCAGAAGCAGAGCUGUGAGGAACAGCAGGUGUUGACCCAUACGGAGGCAGGACGAGGACUGGUUCACCUGUGCGGAGAAGGAUCAGAGAAAAAGAAGAAGGACAGGGAGAGGGCUGCAGAUGGCAGGCUUUCUGGAUAGCUUCCGCUGGCCAGAGUGUGAAUGCAUCGACUGGGGGGAGAGGAGGAACGCAGUGGCUUCUAUUGUCUCUGGAGUUCUGUUCUUCACAGGCUGGUGGAUCAUGAUUGACGCAGCAGUGAUGUAUCCAUCUCAGGAGCAGAUGAACCAUGCAUUCCACACAUGUGGCGUCUUCUCCACCAUAGCAUUCUUCAUGAUAAAUGCAGUUUCUAAUGGCCAGGUGAGGGGAGACACAUAUGGAGAGGGCUGCCUUGGCAGGACAGGAGCUCGUCUCUGGCUGUUUAUCGGCUUCAUGAUGAUGUUUGGCUCGCUCAUCGCCUCCAUCUGGAUCCUGUUCGGUGGCUACGUGGUGCCAAAGAAAGAAGUGGCACCCGGGCUGGCUGUGUUCUUUCAGAACGGCUUCAUCUUUUUUAGCACUCUGAUCUACAAGUUCGGCCGGACUGAAGAUUUAUGGGGUUAGAGGGUCUGUCUUAUUACCGACUCUCUCUCUCUCUCUCUCUCUCUCUCUCUCUCUCUCUCUCUCUCUCUCUCUCUCUCUCUCACCAACACACACACAUCGGGCAUAUAGUGUGUUGUAGAUAUUUUUAAUAGUUCUGCAUCCCUUUUCAUGUGUUUCCUAAUGUGAAAAUAGUUUUUCUGUCCUUGCCUUGGAUACAUUUGCGUACUUUGGUUUUGCUCAUACUAUCUGUUAUAAAUGAGGGAAUUCCUUUGUUUGUUAUCGAGGACUAAGAAGCCAGGUCCAUGUCACUGUUAUUGUAUCUCAGAGGCAUCUUAAGUGUCAUGUGUCAACUCAUGUCAGCAUUUGUUCAGUGUGUUGAGGGUUACAGUGUAAGUUCACUGUAGUGAACAGAAAGGGAAAACAGCAUUUGUUUUGGGACAGACUGAUUUGAAUGAUAGAAGUACAUUCUGAAGUGGAUGUGAGGCUUCUUAACACACAGGGAACCAUGCUGUCUCUACUUAUUUUUAUUAUAAUGUAUUUCAGAUGAUAUGAGUUUUUUUUUUUUUUCAUGGGUCUUAUUCAUAUUGGGGUCAGUUUCUAGUUGACAGAUUAGUCUCGGUCGUUGUGUCUCAGGAGGAAGUGUGUUUUUUUACAUUGUCUGUUUUGUCCUCUUGUACUUUGUCCUGAAACUGAUAAUCACCUACCAGAACAUGUCGUGUUAAGUGAAAUGCAAGUAUUCUGAUUGUUUUUGGUAGCAUUUUCAGUUUUUAAGUAUAGAACAAAUCUUGUGAAGUCAGACUGCUGUAGGAACAGCAUUAAAGGACUUGUAAUGGACUAAUUUACACUAAUUGCUACAAUAUCACAUAUAGACAUGUGCAUCAGACAAUUUUUCAACGUAAUAAGAUGGACUUUUACUCUAAAGCUUGUAAGGUGGAGUAAAAAUACGAUGGAAAAAUUAGGGGAUUUGGAAUUUUGUUAUUUCCCAUCUUCCCUUCAACUUUUUUUUAAUCAUUUUUGUAUCUUAUCAAGAGCUUAAAAUGUGAAAAAUAAAGACAAUUUUUAAUUGGA